AUGUCGAGUCAACCCCUACUGCAAACGGCGCCAGGCAAGCGCAUCGCGCUUCCGACGCGGGUCGAACCCAAAGUCUUCUUCGCAAACGAGCGGACCUUCCUGUCAUGGCUCAACUUCACCGUCAUCCUCGGAGCCCUCGCUAUCGGCAUGCUUAACUUCGGGGACCGCCCCGCCUUCAUCUCGUCAUUUUUCUUCACAGGCGUUGCGAUGUCCACCAUGAUAUAUGCCCUCGUAACGUACCACUGGAGGGCACGAUCGAUACGGAUGAGAGGCCAGGCGGGCUUUGAUGACCGCUUUGGUCCCACAUUCCUGGCCAUUAUCUUGCUCCUUGCGGUGGUGGUCAACUUUGUACUUCGGAUCACCUACUCGUCUCAGGACCACCAGCCUUGA